CCCACAAAUGCAGCGUCAAGACCUGUCGUUCCUACCUCUCCGAUCCUAUGAAGCGAGCAGCCAGCCAGCGCCGUUCCCUCUGAUGCCGUCCACUUCCACGUCCCUCCCGUGCUGCCGUGCACGACAAACCCAGGCGCUCGUGCCGGUGUAGCCAUAGCCCCGAUGACUUUGACGACGCGCUGGGAUUGUUGCGGCCGGAAGCUAUAAGCCGAGCACGCCGGCCGAUCGCUGAGAGAUCAACGUGUCUUGUUCCAGCUCCACCAUGGCGUCUGUUCUUGCCGCGGUGGUGCCCGUCCUGCUCGCUCUUCUGGCUCGAAGCGGAUCACCGGCCGCAGCCGGCGCCGCCACCGAGUUCGUUCUCGCCGGCUUCGCGGGUGCGAACUUGACGGCCAGCGGCGCGGCCGUGGUCACCUCCUCCGGCCUCCUUCGGCUCACCAACGAGACCAACGAGGCGUUCGGGCACGGCUUCCACCCCGCACCGCUGCGGUUCAAGGACGCCUCCACGGGCGCGCCGGUCUCCUUCUCCACCACGUUCGUGGUCGCCAUCCUGCCGCGCUACCCGGACGCGCACGGCCACGGGCUCGCUUUCGCGCUGGCGCCGUCGGCGACCGUGUCGGGAGCCGUGGCGGGGAAGAACCUCGGGCUUUUUAACACGUCGAACCACCUCGGGAAUGGGCAGAACGAGGUCGUCGCUGUCGAGCUCGACACGGCGAUGGACGAGGAGUUCGCCGACAUCAACGACAACCACGUCGGCGUCGACGUCAACAGCCUAAAGUCCAAUUGCUCGAAGCCAGCGGGCUACGUCGCCGACGCCGGCACCGUCAAGCUCAACGUCAGCUUGGUCUGCGGGGACCCCCUGCAGGUGUGGAUCGAGUACGACGGCGCGAGCACGCGCCUCGAGGUGACCGUGUCACCGGCCGGCGUGCCCAGGCCGGCCGUCCCGCUUGUGUCUUGCGCCGUCAACCUCUCGUCGGUGGUGGCCGACGGCACGUACGUCGGGUUCUCGGCCGCGAACGGCGCUGCCUCGAGCUCGCACUACGUUCUCGGCUGGAGCUUUCGCCUCGGCGGCGGCCGCGCGCCGGACCUCGACCUGUCAAAGCUCCCGCGGGUCCCGUCGUCUAGGCCCAAGAAGACCAUGCAUCCGCAACUGGUCCUGGCGCUGAUCCUGCUUGCCGUCGUGGCGCUCCUCGUGGUGUCAGCGGGCGUCACGCUGUUCGUCGUCUGGCGCCGGCGGUUCACCGAGGUGGAGGAAGAUUGGGAGUUGGAGUACGGACCUCACCGGAUCAGCUACAAAGACCUGCACGCGGCGACCAGAGGCUUCCGCGACGUCAUCGGCGCCGGCGGCUUCGGCCGCGUGUACCAUGGCGUGCUCCGGCGGUCGGGCACGGAGGUCGCCGUCAAGAAGGUGGCCCAUGACUCGCGGCAGGGCUUGCGCGAGUUCGUCUCGGAGAUCGCGAGCAUGAGCCGGCUGCGCCACCGCAACCUGGUCCAGCUCCUCGGCUACUGCCGGCGACGGGGAGAGCUCAUACUCGUCUACGACUACAUGGUCAACGGCAGCCUCGACAAGCACCUAUUCGACGCUGAAAACAGGCCGGCGCUGAGCUGGGAGCGGCGCGCCAAGAUCAUCCGCGACGUUGCCGCCGGGUUGCUGUACCUGCACGAGGAGUGGGAGCAGGUGGUGGUGCACCGCGACAUCAAGGCCAGCAACGUCCUCCUCGACGCCGACAUGAACGGCAAGCUCAGCGACUUCGGCCUGGCGCGGCUCUACGACCACGGCAGCGAUUCGCAGACGACGCACGUCAUCGGGACGCUCGGGUACCUCGCGCCGGAGAUGAUCAAGACCGGCAAGGCCACCCCGAGCGCCGACGUGUUCGCGUUCGGCGCCUUCCUGCUCGAGGUGGCCUGCGGCCGGAGGCCCGUGGAGUCACUCAGCAACAACAAUGCGGACCCGGCGGGGCUCGUCGACAACGUCCUCGAGUGCUGGAAGACCGGGAGGAUCAGAGACGCCAGGGACCCGAGGAUCGGCAAGUGCGACGAGGACGACCUCGAGCUGGUGCUCAAGCUCGGGUUGCUAUGCUCGCACCCUGAUCCCCGGUGCCGGCCGAGCAUGAGGCAGGUGGUGCAGGUACUGGAAGGCGCCGCGCCGGUGCCGGAGACGCCGCCGGAAGAUCUAGGCAGCAGCGGCAGGACCUUCGGGUACUACGAGACGUUCGAUGAGUUCAUCAACAUGUUCCCGACGACGAUCGAGGUGGCGACCGUCACGCCGCGCCUUGGUCGCACUCCAGCGCCGAACACCAGCACCUGAUCUCCGGCGGAGUUCUGGCUCUGCCAUCAGCUCUCGUCAAUAAAUUACAAAAUUCUCUUGUAACUAAAUUCAAAUUUCUCUUACCAUUAAAUUGCUACAAAAUCGCUGUGAUGUGCUUAGGAUGGUUCAAAUUGGAAAGCAAAUAGUUACAAGAUUAGGUGUUGUAAUAAUCUUGUCUAAAGAAGUGAACAUAGGUUGUCAGACAGUUUUAGGAUGA